GAGACUCCGCCUGCGGGGUGUGUGCUUUUUGUCGAAACGAGAUUUUGCCGGUGGGCUCAUCUGGUGAAGUGCAAGAGCUUAAAGUUAGCUGUAUUUAUUUUCUGUGCUUACUUUACCGUGAAGCAGCUACAGAAGAUAAAAAUUAGACAUGUCGUCCCUGAUUAAGAAAGUGAUCAGCACAGCGAAAGCACCAGGUGCAAUCGGACCGUACAGUCAAGCAGUGCUGGUAGACAAAACCAUGUACAUCUCAGGACAGAUAGGCAUGGAUCCUGCCAGUGGACAGCUUGUGUCAGGAGGGGUGGUAGAGGAGGCAAAACAGGCACUUACAAACAUGGGGGAAAUUCUGAAAGCUGCAGGCUGUGAUUACACUAAUGUGGUAAAGACAACUGUUUUGCUGGCUGACAUAAAUGACUUCAAUGCUGUUAAUGAAAUCUACAAGCAGUAUUUCAAGAGUAAUUUUCCAGCCAGAGCUGCUUACCAAGUUGCUGCUUUGCCCAAAGGAGGGCGUGUUGAAAUUGAAGCCAUAGCUGUCACAGGACUUCCCAUGAAAUCUUGACUAUAAAUCAUGUCCUCCACUGUUUUGCCAAUUACAUUUGAUUUAGGAUAAAUGAUUCUUAAUUUGCUUCUAAUUCUUGAAAUUAAUAUUGGAAAUUCUGAGCCUUAAUGAAAUGCUGUCGAGGGAGGACUUUCCAUUAUAGAAAUAACUGAUAGGUGAAAAUUAAUUCAAACUAAAGGAUUUGAUGGAGAAUACAAUUACAAUGCAACAUUUACAAUACAUAGAGUCACAGUAAUGAAAGUGAAAGGUAGGGUAUGGAAAUUACAGCAGCUCUUUACAAAAUUAAAUAAAGAAUAGCAAUAAAUGCAGGAAAAAGCUUUUCCCCAGGAAUGGUAGAUUGUUUUAUAUCCGAGAGGGGAAAAUAACAUUUAUGGAAUUAAAUUCUACUAAAAUCAUAAUCUGAGAAAUAUUUCACUGAUGUUUUUAUAAUUAAUGAAUUUUAUAAGCAUAAUUAACAAAAAAUUAUUUUAUACAUUUUUUCAGUUGCAUGUAAUGCCAAGGAUUUAAAAGUGGCAGAUCCUUCAAAAAACUAUCAAUUUCUUUUUAAAGAAUUUUCACUGUUGGUCUAAUUGUAUGUGGCAGAAGUUAAUGGAAAGAAAAAAGUUAAAAA